CUGCAAGCGUUGGAAAAGAAAGAAGCAGCGGCGAUGCCUGUCAUGGUCGCUGCUGCAUUGGAAAUGAGGGCAGGCAGCAGCAGCAGCAGGAGCAGCGGGGAGACAGCAGGCGGACAGCGGUGGAAACAGCUGGAGCGGCAGGGGCGGUGCGGUGACUUCUCAGGGCUGCGUCAAACCAGCUGGAGAGAGACAACCAGACCGGAAUUUUAUGAGAAGGUGGCCAGAGUGAUGAACUCAGACCAGGAAAGGCCGUACCUGUGCAACGCUCCUGGCUGUUCUCAGCGAUUCCCCACGGAGGACCAUCUGAUGAUACAUCGACACAAACAUGAGAUGACCCUUAAGUUCCCCUCCAUAAAGAAUGACAACAUGUUAUCAGACCAGACGCCGACACCAACACGCUUCUUGAAGAACUGUGAAGAGGUGGGAUUGUUCAGUGAACUGGACUGCUCCAUUGAGCAGGAGUUUUGCAAGGCCCAGGAAGAAGAGGACAGUAAACAGAGCAUCUCACUGCACGGCCAGUCAGGCCAGCACCAGCAGUCCCUCUCACGGAUGGGCAACCAUGACACCAGCAUAGUGAUCCAGCAGGCCCUGCCCUCUCCUCAGUCCAGCUCCGUCAUCACUCAGGCUCCAUCCACCAACAGACAGAUAGGGCCUGUCCCUGGCUCUAUGUCCUCAUUGCUGCACCUACGAAACAGACAGAGACAGCCUCUCCCUGCCUCCAUGCCUGGCACUCUGCCAGACCCGACCAUGCCCGGCUCCUCCGCCGUGCUGAUGCCUAUGGAGAGACAAAUGUCUAUGGGCUCCAAUAUGAUGGGUAUGCAAGGACCCGCCCACAGCAACUCCUGCUCUUCCGCUCACAUUCCCUCCAUGCACUCAGAAGCCAAACUGAGGCUGAAGGCUGCACUUUCACACCACCCGGGUACCAUCUCAAACGGCAACAUGAACUCCAUGGGCCACAUGAUGGAGAUGAUGUCAUCACGGCAGGAGCAAAGCGCCCACCAUCACAUGCAGUCACACCCGCACCAGCACCUGCAAGCCCCUCCCCACGCGUACCAGCACCAAGGCCACCACCACCACAGCCAGGGCCACGGCCAAGGUGGACACCACCACCCGCAGGGACACAACCCCCAUCACAACUCCCACAAUCCCCACCUCCAUCCCGGGCACCCACACCAGACUUCACCGCACCCUUCAAUGCACUCUGCUUCACAUAUGUCACCUGCAACCCAGCAGAUGCAUCCAACGCAGACACUGCAUUCUCCGCCACCCAGCGGCGGGCGGCGCAGGCGCGUGGUGGACGAAGAUCCGGAUGAACGUCGGCGAAAGUUUCUGGAGCGGAACAGAGCAGCAGCAACAAGAUGCAGACAGAAGAGAAAAGUGUGGGUGGUAUCAUUAGAGAAGAAAGCGGAAGAGCUCACGCAGACCAACAUGCAGCUUCAGAAUGAAGUGACCAUGCUAAAGAACGAGGUGACCCAACUCAAGCAGCUUCUCCUCACACACAAGGACUGUCCCAUCACCACUAUGCAGAAAGAGUCCCAAGGUUACCUCAGUCCAGACAGCAGUCCGGCGGGCAGUCCAGCGCCAUUGUGCUCCCAGCAGCAAGUCAUUCAGCACAACACCAUCACCACCUCCACCACAACCGUAGGGGGCAGCGGUGUGCACGGGCAAACCAAUCACCGCACAGACAUUAACCCCAUCCACUAGGGACAAGAGAGACUUAUAACCCUGGCCCAAACUCCCCCUACUACCCUGCUUUCUGAGGGUUGCCAGCUGCACAUGCUGACCCCCCCUCUCCCUCCAUCAAGAAAAACCUCAAAGGCCUGUGAGGCUGUUCUUUAUACAGUAGCGACAGUAUGUAUUUUUAUAGAACAACCCUAUUAACGCAUAAAUGUUCUGCCUCUUUUGUUUUUUGUUUUUUACUAUUUGUUUGUGCUUUUAGCGAAAAGGGAGUUUCAUGCAGCAAUUCAGUUACUUUUUCUGUUGUGUAUUGGUACAAAAUGGACCACGGUGGUCAUGGAACCAGAGGACAGAGCCUCAGACUGUCAUCUCUUGAGCAGACCUUACAUCUCUGUAUGCCUGAUGGACUGAACAAUGAAUCAAAUCAUUCUCUGAACAUCACUUAUGGACAAUAUGUUGAGUGUAUGCAUUGAGCGUAUGCAACAGACACGAAGUGAUUCGCUGCCUUUGAGUUGUCUUUUGAAAACCAAGUCAAACUGUCACCAUGAUGUCUUGAUGACAGGAAUAUGCAAGCAGGUGUAAUGAUCUUUUUCUUUCCGAGAAACGUAUAUGACUGUUAAACUUUUCCCUGUCAGUGGUAUUCUUAAAGAGUGUCAUAAAAUACAGCCCGACAGUGAAAACAGGAUCAAAUGGAAGCAAUACAUCGUAGUAUUGAUCAUCUUCUCUACUGUAUGUCCACAUUAUGAUCAGCAUGGCCAAGCCACUCUGGUCCAGAGGACAUACGAUGCUGUUACAGCUACAGAACUGUACACUGUGAUACCAGUGAGGCAGCUCGGGGGUUAAAACUAACUCCUCCGCUCUCCAGGACCAACUGAAGCUUUAAUAAUUGAGGCCUCUUGUGUGUUUGUGCAUCUGGAUUUUAGGAUCCAUAGUUUUGAGUAUGCAUGUGAAUUAUGUAUUUGUCGUUCUUUCCUCUACAGAACAAAGUUCAGCAGAUGUGUAAAGAAAGAAUGACGGGAAAAAAUGUGUGAGAAAGUGACUGAGAGCAUGAUUUUUCUUUUUUGUUUGACUGGCAUCUCACAGCCGGCAAAAGGAGCAGAUUAUGCCUGUGCUUUCCAAAAUGUCACAAUGUGCCUGAAUCUUUCUUGAAAUCCUUCGUUGGCUUUCUGUAGACAGCUAAUCUUUUUUUCUUCAAACAAUCAAAAGCAUUUCAUUCUCAGUGUUUUAUUAAUGAGUUCUCUCUGUUAUUAGCUUUGUCGUGGAUGUCUGCUGCAUGUAAGCGCAAAACCAGCUGAUCAAGGAGAAAAAAUACCCGCUUUCCAUUUGACCUCUGACUUCUUCAUCAAUUUCUCUUCCUCUCUUUCUCAGGCCUCCUCUGCACAGGGGUGGAUGUACUAAUAGUUACUUCUUUUUUUAAAUUUUAAAUCUCCUUUCCAGCCUUGAAACUUCACGCCUUCUAAUGUUGACCACAACUCCUCUCCUCUCUUUCCUAUGACCAGGAAUGUCGACUCAUUAGCAUGAUGACCAUAAUGCACUGUGUUUUACAGUAGGAUGGAUGAAAUACAUUCCACUGACAGGUGGAGCGAUCGCAGAGCUGUCUAUGCACUUUGUCCUCUGUCAUGCCAGAGGGUAGAAUAGCCAUAUUAAAGUCCGAGUAUUUCUCAGUGAUCCCCCCCUCACCCCCCCUUUUCACACACCAGCGAGAAACCUAACUGUGUUUGGCUUCAUGGAGAGACUGUGCCUGGCAUGCGUCACAUGUCUGUAGAUAAAAGAAGGGAACCUAGAGCUCGUAUUGUAGGACGGGGCUCAAUUAAGGAACCUGCAGCCUUUUUAUUCUGGAAAAAAAAAAAAAGAUGAAGGAUGUGAAUUGAAAAUAUUUAUCCUCAUUAUAGGUUACAUUCAAUUCAGUUUUGUUGAAGCAUUCAGACCGUUUGUGUCAUGUGUUAACCCUGGAGUCUGUGUGUGCAGUUCGAUGUGCGUGUCGAUUAAACAGAGAGAUUCUCUUGAAAGGGCUUUGUCGUACGAACCCUUUGAACUGAAGCGCGCCUUAUUUUAGGUUGUUUUUUAAACCAUACUUAAGACUGUUAGACCAUUCCAAAAUGAACCUCUUGCAUGUGAAAAUUAUGGUAAUGACUUCAAAAUACUUUCAACUGGAAUCAUUUGGAUGAUGUUGCUAUUUUAGAGUUAGAUAUGAAAGUCUCUAGUUUCAUUUUUGAAAGACAUUUGUUACUGCAGAGGCAGACAAAAAAAAAAA